AGGGUGGCUUUUGUGUGCAGACAAGAGACCUGGUUUCAAAUGCCAGCCAGAGCAUCUUCGGGCUCAUUAAUAAUGGAGGCCUCUGACAGGGCCAGCUUCGCUCGCUUUGUUUCCAACGCAGACGAAAGGGGACAUGGACCUUUCUGUUUUGCCCAAUAACAACCAUCCUGACAAAUUCCUGCAGCUUGACGUGAAGUCUUUAAUGAGGAACUCGACCCUUCUGCAGGCUAGCCUCGCGAGAUUUCCCGGUGGAAAUUUUCCUGCUCCACAGCACUGGCAAAACCUUGUCUACUCCCAGAACCCUGGGGCUUCUCAGAGGAGAUCUGUGAGCUGGAGUGAAAAGCCAGUGAAUCUGCAUUAUGCCUGCAGACCAAGAAGACAGAAAGGAAGACACAUGUACUGUUGGGGAG